CUCAAUGCAGAAACCGUUACGGGUACUUUAAAGUCUGUCGCAUAAUGUAUCUACCAUUCCUCAUUCCAUAUGAUUAUCAUGGAGCCAACCACCACUCCAUCCGAACCUUCUUCGCCUUCAGCGCAAAUUUCAUCGCUUUAAUCGAGAUUUUUUUCUCGCGUCUUGUUUUUCACUGAAAUUUAUUUCAAUUUCCUGUUUGCAGUGAUUUGAAAACCUCUCAGAAGAUUAUUUUGAAUAGCUUUACUGUAGGAUUUGCGUGAUUGAAAAAUGCAUAUAGCGGAGGUUUUGAGCCAAGAUGCAGGCGGCACAGCAGCCAGUAUUAUAGAGAAGAUGGAGAUGGAAGUGGCUCAAGUAGAGCAAUUACUUCCCAUGGUAAGUCCUGAAAAUACUCAGAAAUUGAGAGAUUUUAUGAUGCGUCUGGCACCCCGCAAAAGCAUGAUUACGGAAGAGCAGAAGUUACUGCUAUGGAAACUAAGCUACCGGCUGUGGAAUUCUUGCGUGGACAUCGCCAAUGCGAUGCAAGCCGGCCAGCAAUUUCAUGAAGAACACGUCAAAAUCCGUCAGGUAGCCAGUGAUUUACUUCUGGUGGCAGGAAAGAUCGAUGGAAUUCCUUCCUGUCUGCUCAAGAUUGCCACAUUCUUUCAUAGAACGGGUGUAAUUUGGCAUAAAAUUCAGAAAUAUGAGGUUGCAGCUUCGUGCUUUGAGAAGGCUACUGAGCUCGUUUCAGAAGAUGGGGGUUCUUGUUGUGAAAGUGAAGAAGAGCGGAAGUUUUCGUUUGAGCUGCUUGUUGCGAGGGCUAAAACUGCUUGGGAAAUAAAGCAGAGGACGCUGACGUGCACGCUGCUUGGCAGGGCCAAGGGUUUCUUGUUCGACGCUGCCGAUCGCUACCGUGACCUGGCGGAACAGUAUUUGCAUUUUGGAAAAUGUAUGCUGGCCAAGUCGGAAGAAGGUGGCUGCAGCAGCAGUGACCAGAGCGAUUAUGUGAAGUUUUUGAACCAAGCUUUUGAGAUUUGCUCGGAAGCUCUCUUCAAGGGAAUAGGGAAGCCGGAAGAAAGAGUUCUGGCAAAAAAUCUGAAGCUAAAGACGCUUCGAUAUCUAGCCGCGGCUCAUCUUCAGGCUGAAAAUUUUGAAAGCGUUCUCAAAUGUGUGGCUGUUCUGAAAGAGGAAUCAGAUCAUCCGACAACGCCUUUUUUGGCUUUAAAGGCGUACAUUGGUUUGGGGAUGCGAGAAGCGGCUGAGAAGGAGCUAAAUGUUCUUCUUCUUCACGGAGGCGCGCCUGUCGACAUUUGCAUUUCCGCCGUUGAAAUCGUCAUUCAGUCGGGAAGUGGCGGUCUGGAGACUGCUCGUUCCGCAUUUUUCCGACUUCUUGAUCGUUUUCCAUCCAGCAUGGAGCUUCCUCUCAGGGUUUUGGAUAAGAUUCUUCGAAAUGCGUCUGCGGUCGAUCAAAGUUAUAAGGCUAAAGUAGCUUUGGCGCUUCAGAUUGCGUGCGAUGACAAAAUCGUCAGGUUGUUUGCAGAUUCAGAAGAUGGUUCUUCUGCUGAUAAUCGACGUUGUAUACACGCUAUUCUUUGGAACAGUGGAUCUGAAUUCUUCAGGGCAAAACUUUAUGACACAAGCAGUAUCCUGUUUGAAGGAUCCAUGCUCUAUCUUCCCUUACAUGCAGAGAACAGUGCUUGCAGGGCAAAGUCCCUACGCGUGCUUUGCCUUUGUCACCUCGGCCUCUCACAAUACGACCGCGCAAACGAAUUCAUCAUGGAAGCAGAAAAGAUUGAAGAGACUGUAAUUUGCCUUUUUCUUAAGUUCAAAAUUUGUCUGCAACUGAAGGACGAAGCGGGCGCAAUAAAACAGCUAGAGAGAAUGAUUCGCUGUACAGACUUCGAUGCCGAGUAUCUAACUUUAGCUUCGCACGAAGCCAUAGCUUGCAAAUCCAUUGGCGUAGCGACUUCAGCAUUGUCGAAUCUGCUGAAAUUAUGCUCUUCUGCAAAGCAAAUUUCAUCAAAGGAAAUGGUUGUGGUACGGAACAUAAUACUUCUUCAUCUGGACGAUCCCAAUGCUCUCUCGGAAGUCCUAAAAUACUUCAAUUAUGCUAAGAAGCGCAUGCAGGAGUUGGGAAUAGAACAAUUUUUCGGUACCGGAAUUACAGUGGAGAAGGAAAUAAACUGGUUUGCCGGAAGUGCAUGGAACAGCGGUCUCAAGGCGAGCAAAUCAAACAACUUCGACCUUGCCGCAGAGUUAUUCACCUGCGCGUCGGAAUUUUAUGGCGCACUUGAAGAUUCAGUCGAAAAUCUGAAAAUGCUGUCGAAAUCUUCAAUACUGUCAAUUGCUUCAAUGCUUACUUCUCAGAAGAAAGACAACAAGAAUCAUUUGACCGAGGCGGUUGCGCAUUUGGAUAAAGUCCGAAAGGUUCAGGCAAGCCUUGCAAGUAAGAACGAGAAACCAGACGAGAGUUUGCAAAUGUAUAGUGCUGUUCUGGAGUUCGAAUUAAGGGGAUGCAUGAGAGAGCACAAGCUACAGCUUCAAAUUCUGAAGCAGAGCACGACUAUGAAGGGAUGCAAGCCAGAAUUUUUGUUGAAAAUGGGCAUCCAUGCCUGCCAAAGUGAAGGAAGCCCUGGAGAGUAUGGCCAUCUGGAGGUAGCCAGCACAGCAUUAAAUGCUUGUCUUCAUAUGGAGCUCAGCAGCCCCUUUCCGGAUUACAAAAUGGUGAGCCUGGUUAUUAGAAAGCUCAUUGGAAUUGCAGAUGCAAAGUGUGAGGAAGAAGAAUGUUUGGGCUUGUAUAAGCAGGCGCACCAGAUAAUUAUUGGAAUGAAGAGUGGGGAAUACCCAACGGAAGAAGCAAAAUGGUUGGUGUCAACCGCCUGGAAUAGGUCUAGUCUUCAUAUGAGAUUCAAUCGUCUGGAUGAAGCAGAGAAGUGGAUGAGGAUGGGUUUGGAUCUGGUUAAACAUGUUCCCUUCAUGCACCAGCGGUUUGCCUCCUCCAUGGCUGACACCCUUGCUAAACUUGUCAACCCAAGUACCUGAGACCACAUGAGUUGCCACACAUUUGUUCUUGCUUGCUCGUUUUGUAAAAUUGAAAAAAUACUUAUAUGGUUUUCUCACGAAACUAAGAUUGUCAUCUUUCCCAGGAACAUCAACGUUGUAUACUGAUUCACGGAUGCUAAAGCUGAAUCUUGAAUUUUAUUUCAACUAACUAUGUGUGUACUUGUUAAAAUA